AUGGCAGCACCGGAGGAUCUCAAGCCCAGGUCUGAGCUUGAUGAGUACGUCGAAAAUGGCAUGACUAUCGAGUCCGCCGACUUCAAGGCCAAGGAAGCAAAGUUGAGGAGGAAGCUCGAUCUUUUCAUCGCUCCAGUCAUGAUGCUGCUUAUGCUCAUCAGUUAUCUGGAUAGGGGGAACAUCGGCUUCGCUGCAACACAGGGAAUGUCGGCCGAUAUUGGUUUGAAAGGCAACCAGCUCAAUACUGCAGUCUCCAUCUUCUAUAUCUUCUACAUUCUAGCCGAAUUCCCUACCUCGAUCUUCGUCAAAAAGCUGCAAUUCAACAGAGUCAUACCCGCAAUCUGCUUCUCCUGGGGCUUAGUGUGCCUCUCGAUGGGGUGGAUCCAAAAUUUUGCCGGCCUUUGUGUCUGUCGACUUCUUCUGGGCUUCUUUGAAGGAUGUCUCUUCCCAGCCAUGACGCUACUACUGGCCAACUGGUAUCGACGUGAAGAGCUGGCGCAGCGCAUCUCCUAUCUCUUUAUCGCCUCGGCCCUGUCAGGCGCCUUUGGUGGUCUCAUCGCCUUCGGCAUCCUAUAUAUGGAUGGCGUUGCCGGCUAUCCAGGUUGGCGAUGGCUCUACAUCAUUGAGGGCAUCCUCACCAUCAUAUAUGCUGGCAUGUGCAUCUAUCUAGUGCCCAAGAACUAUCAGACGGCGUACUUCCUGAACGCUGAGGAGAAAAAGAUCAUGGCCAUCCGGGCGGAGCUCUCAGAAUCGUACAGUGGCGGCGAUGGCCACCCUAAGAUGAAAGAGAUUAAGCUCGCUGCAAAGGAUAUCAAGACCUGGCUCCAUGGUGUCAGCCAAAUUGCUGUGGUAACCAUUCUCUAUGGGUUUGGAACAUUCCUGCCCAUUAUCUUGAGAUAUGGGUUCAAUUAUACAACCAGACAGGCUCAAUACCUAGUCAUCCCCGUCAAUCUUUGGGGUGCAGUGGUCUAUGCUGUCGGUGCAGUCAUCUCGGAUAAGUAUCAUAAACGUUUCUUGGUCAUGGUUAUCUGCGCACCUUUUGGCAUCGCAGGCUAUGCCAUCUUAUUGACCGACGUUCCUGUCGGUGUCUUGUAUUUUGCCACAUACCUCAUUGCCACCGCUUGUUUCCUCUGCACAGGAGGAAAUAUUGCCUGGCAUUCAGGCAAUGUUGCCCCCGAUGGAAAGCGAGCUGCUGCUCUCGGUAUUCAACUCACCUUGACAAACAUUGGAGGUAUCGUCAGUGGACAAAUCUACCAAUCCAAAUCAGCACCAGACUUCACCCUUGGCCACUCGUGGUCCCUUGGAUGUCUUGUUUUUGCAUUGAUCAUGUUCAAUAUUAUUCGAAUCAUCUACAAGCGACGAGAGGCUUGGAAGGACAAAGCCCUCUCAGAAGGCGUUGUCGUUCCUCCAGAGGAAUUCACCGAUCGUGCGCCCACUUUCAGAUAUCAAUUCUAG